AUGGUCUCACUUCCGACGUCUUCCUCCUCGUCAUACUCUUUGGAUCACCGUCUCAUUUCCGACGGUGAAUAUGGUUUGUCCGAAAAUUGCUACUGUGGUGGAGACGUUUACCUUGAGACUUCUACGAUUGAAGGGGACUAUGGAAGGAGAUUCUUCGUUUGCACCAAACGUGAUUGUGAGGGGUAUCAUAUUCGCAAAUUGUGGGAUACUGUGAUUUAUGAGGAGGUCCAGAUCUUGCACACUGAAAUUAAACGUCUUGGUGAGAAGACGGAGGAAGACCUUAAACGUCUUGGUGAGAAGACGGAGGAAGCACUAGAGGAGCUUAAGGAUGGUUCUCUGAUUACUCUCUGCACUGAUCUGUGGGUCGCGGAGUCAGAAAUUGUGGAGCUGAAGAAGGCAAAUGUGGAGCUGAAGGAUCAUGUUGUUCAGCUCAAGGCGUUGGUUCGUCUGCUCAACAAGAAGCACGGGACUGUGGAGCUUACGUUUGUGGUUUCUGUCCUUGUUCUCUUCCUUGGUCUCUUUACAAUUUGGUUUAAGUAA